AUGCUCGGCGUCGAAGGCUACGGCAGCGACAGCGACAACGAGACUCAGACUACUCAGACCACUUCGAAGUCAUCUCUAGCCGCAUCUUUUCCCCCACCUACGAAGAAGUCGUCAAUCGCCCUCCCGCCGCCAUCCAAUGGAACAAGCGCUACUGCCUCGAGCUCCAAAUCUGCAAGCGGUCUCUCGCUACCUCCUCCAAAAACGAAACGGUCAAAGAAGAUAACCAUUGGCCUGCCCGAGCUACCCCCAGAAGAUGAUAAGAAUGAUGAUGACGGACCGCCUACGAAGAAGGCUCGCAUAGAGCCUGGGGCACGCUCGUCAGGCUUGCUAUCCAUGUUGCCGGCUCCGAAGAACAAGGCGCCAGUACCUGCUGCUCCGGAGCGUGUGCUCGGCGCCGGUCGUGGACCUGGCCUCGUAUUCAACACAGGGUCGGUACGGUCGUCCAAGUCGGCAACCGUAGAGGACGUCCCCGACCAUGACCAGGAUGACCAGGAUGUGUCCGCAGACGGUGCUGACGAACCAGAGCCACCUAAGGCGACAUCUUCGCUACCAUUCCUGCCGCCGUCUCUUGUCAAAGGCAAGGCAAAUGUGUCUGUGGAGGAAAGGGCAGAGCGACCGAUAGCGGUUCGCUUUGCUACUUCGGCCCCGGCCGUCGACUUCUUCUCAUUAGGCUCGCCUGCUGCAUCUUCAUCUACUUCAAGCCCCACACCCUUCGUACCAUCAUCCUUUGCACCGAAACUGCCUCUGAUACCGGGUGUCUCGUCUGCCCCCAAGGUAGAGGACUUCGCCCCUCCAGAUCCUACGCCCCAGGACCCGUAUCCUGGCUACUAUAUGUUACCCUCUGGCUCUUGGGCUGCGUAUGAUCCCGAAUACUACCGCAAAUUCUACGACAAGUGGAAGAAGGAUUACGACAACCACGUGCGUGCGCUGGAGAAAGGCGCAGGCAAAGGCUUCGAGGACCUCGAGACCGAGGGCGCUCAGGAGGUCAACGCGAUCUCAGAGAUGGAGAGGGCAAAGAAGGAGAUUCAGGAGAUAGAAGAGAAGAAGGCGUUGACGACGGGUGGAGCGGAUGUGCCUGCUGCACCGAAGAUGAAUGUCAAGGGUGCCGCUCUUGGUGGCAGAGCACGAACUCGGCAUCAACUGUCCACACUGCUCACAGAGGCGUACCAGAAUCGGGAUGCUCUGGAAGAGAGGAUCGCGCAGGGACGGAGGAAUAGGAAGGAGGCAGGCAAUAAGUAUGGUAAG